AUGAAAGGAGAACAUUUCCUUUUACUGGUCUCUUUCUUGGCCUUUCAGAAGACAUUCUUCUGCAAAGCCUCUUCGGAAAGGUCUGAAGAACCGAUUUUUAAGCUAACUCAAACGAAUAAACGAUUGGGUGACAUAAUCAGACGGAUCGAUGAGUUGCAGCAGCUGAACAGAGCCACGAAUCGAAGUAUUGCUGCAUUUGCCGUCCUUCCAAACGGCUACAUGGAUGAAAGCUUUGACUUUAGCUCGGAGUUCGAUGAAUCUUAUAGAACCAUAGGAUGGAUAGAGCACUUAUACGACUAUCUUGGGCAUUUUGAGAAGGCCAGGUUUGAAAAUGAUACGCUAAUUCGUUUCGCAGAAGACACCAUUGCCAACGAACGUAAGGGGAGUAGGAUGGAAAAGUUGCACGCUUUCUUCUUUGGAAGCGAGGAUCUACCUUUUGCAGGGAGGAAUCUUCUGAGAUCCCUUGCCGAAGGCUAUCAGAAAUAUCUAAAUAGAACUUGCAGGACUCCGCAGUCACCACAGCAGUAUCUAUACACUUUGUAUGUGGACAUUGCUCUCGCCGAACUAAAGUCCCUUGCCAUGCUGGAGUGGUCCUGGCUACUCCUCGGGCAAUUUGGAAGAACCGGGUUCACCGUGGAGCAGGAAACAGUGCGGGAGGACUUUGAGCAAAGGAUGAAUCGCACUCGGAAGAGGAUCGAGGACCAAAUGAGUGGCGCUGAUCAAACUGUCUGGCGUUGCGAUCCUUUGAAGCCCAAGGCCGGAGUCAACUACGAUGAGGUCACCCGGCUUCUCCAAGGCUACAUCGAGAAUGAGGUGCAUCUCAGUGCGGAGGGGACAUGUCGACAUGACUGCGCCUACUACCAAUCCACGAGGAGCGAGGGAUGCAACGGGGAUGAGUUCUGCUCCCAGCAGCCGAGGUGUGAAGGUCGCCUGCACAACUGUCAGUUUGUGGAGUCCGACCUGCAGGUAUGCCAGUCGGAGACGAACUCACACAGGCGGUACGAAUUCAUUCAGGGUGAAGACGGAGGCCACAUGGGACGCCCUGAGGAGUGCAGCCGGAAGAUGGACAAAGCUAAAAGCUGGCUCAGCUGGUUCGUCGAGUGCAGUUAUUGCCUCUGCCUGUGUGAUGAGGAGGGGCCCAAGUCGGAUCGCUACUUCAAUCUGCGACCAGUAACAGCCGAUAUAGGGCGGAACAGAGUUGUCACUGGAUUGCGAUUUCUAAAGCACAAUCGCAUAUUCCACCUCCAGAUCCAGGAGGGGGAGCUCCUAGCACAUGGAACGAUCAACGAGACCACUCUCCAAUGGAAGCCCCUGGACUCUUACAGCAUCUUAGAUGAGAACGUUAAGAAGGACGUGGACUUUCACAUGCUGAGCUACGAGAAUCGAUCAAUCGAUCUAGUUGAGAUCAAAGAACACAGUAACUUUGUGGUGACUGGAUUGCGAUUCCGAGUGGUUGGAGGCCAUCUUAAUCUGGAGGCACAGUUCAAUAGGUUUGACUUUAAGAGCGGCCAGCUCACUGAUUCAACCAAAUGGUUGUCAGGAGACAGCGAGAAAAUCAGGACGAAAGUGGUGCUGGAGAACUCCAAAGUGUUCUCAAAAACCUCCACUUCCUCGGAGCCGUAUCCCAGCGGCAAUGACCAUUAUGUGGAGUUUACAAACUCGGGUCUUCAACAGGAUGCCGCUCAGACCACUGUGCCCCUUGUUGACAUCCAAGCAGUUGUCUCCAAGCCUCCGGUUCCUCUUUCCGGAAUUGGAGUUUACUACAGAGGCAGCAAGGGAUACGGUGGCUACGUGGCUCCCAAACUAAUAACCUACGAUUUCAGCCAGAAUUUCGAUUUUCCCAUAAUGUAA